CUUUUCACUGUGAUACUUAAACUAAUGUAUAACGUCAGCAUCGGUCGGUGUCCCUAAUAGACAUGGUUGAACAACCAAGCUUUAUCUUCAAGUGGAUGGUAUCAGCACUUCUGCUAAAGGGCAUAAUCAGAAAGAAGCUGCAUCAUUCAUACCUGCCUGGAAAAAGGGUCUCGUUCUUUUUCUGUGUUUCCUCUUCAAUAUCCACCAUGAUUCCAUCAUCCUCCUCUUCAGUUUCCUGGGUACAGAGGUUUUUGGUCGCAGCCUGGUUCCUCGGUUGUGGAUGUCUUCCAGGCCUGAAUGCGGCAUCCACAGUGAAGGUGAGCAACAUCUCCAAGGUGGAGGACGCAGUGAACUUCCACAUUUACUAUGGACAGACCUUCAAAGUCAUCAAGAAUGCCAUUGACACCGAGAGCUACCUCCUCAUUCAGAAUGACUCAAAGAUGGCAUCGAGAACAAAAUAUUGCACUCCCAGGAUCAAAUCAUUCAUCAUUCCCUUAUCGAACUAUUCGGUGGAUGCCGAACUUUUGCCAGUUUCCUUUUUCGAGCUUUUAGGCUUACUUGGGAGCUUAAAGGGCAUUACAGCAGACUCCGUUGCCUCUCAAUGCGUACUAAAGUUAUGCGAAGGAGGAGAACUUCAGAUGAUUAACAAGAGCGAUCAUCAGCAAUUUCAACAAUUCUCGGCACAUUUUAUUGGCAACACUGAUCAAGCACAAGCUUGUAACUUUGCAUCAUUUGUUCCUCCCAGUGAAAGCCUUCCGCUGCAGAGAGCAGAAUGGAUCAAGUACCUUGGAGUUUAUGCUAACCUGGAAUAUAAAGCCAAUCAAGUGUACAAAGCUGUUAAAGAAAAUUAUUUGUGCCUGGCCAGGGUUGCUGCAAGCAAAGCUUCAUCAGUCAAACCAACAGUUGCCUGGAUGGAGUACAAUGAUAAUAUAUGGUCCUUUACCAAGGAAACACUCAAAAUGAAGUAUGUGGAGGAUGCUGGAGGAGAGAAUGUGGACAAAUCGAUCAGCAAGAUCACUUACAACACCUCCAAUCCUGAUGAUUUGGAGCAACUGCAUGCCAUCUUAUGCACUGUCGAUGUGGUCAUUGACGGAACGUACACUUCCAGUCCCACGGGCUACACAAUGUCAGCUUUUGUUGAGAAUGUAGCAGUUGCAGAUACCUCUUGUUUUGCAUUCCUUGCAAAUCAAAGCCUGUGGAGAUAUGAUAAAAGAUUGCAAAACACCAGCAACACUCUUGAUUGGUUCGACGGAGCAGUCUCUCAACCUCAGUUGGUUCUUGCAGAUCUUAUGGAAGCUUUAUUCCCAACAGGGAACUAUACUACUGUUUACUUUAGGAAUCUAGCCAAGGAAGAAAGCGUCGUAAAUAUAACCCCCGACAUGUGCGAUAGGGAUACCUCGAUAGCUCUGGAGCCAAGUAUCAUACCUUGCUCAUGAUUCCUCGAGGGAUCAGAUUCAAUACAUCAUAGAUUUUCUUACA